AUGCUAAUAAUCAUAAAUCAAUUCGUUGAGAAUGGUAAAUCUAAGAUCAAAGCUAAAAAACUCAUUAAUUUCUCUAUCAAUUGUUUUCCUAUAUUAUCUAAAAUUCUAAAACUACGAGUAGUGUUUACUAAGAAUGUAGAUAAAUAUAUAACUAAAAUUAAUACAUCUUUAAUUAUAUCAAAGAUUAAAAAAAGUACUUAUUUACUUUUUAAACAUCUGAAUCAGUUCCAUAAACCUAAUAAACAGGACAAUAACAUCUAA